UCGAAUUAAAAAUAUAUAUAAACUCGAAGCGCAUCUGCUUUCGAAAAAAAAUAAAAAAAAUUGGAUUUUGGAAUUUUCCGGUGGAGUGAAAAGCUUCGUGCUUGGGUUCGUCGAUUCUAGGGUUUGUUCUUGUUCUCUCGCAUCGCUUGAUCGAUCUCUAUCGUUAUCAUCUGAUCAUCUUCUUCUCCGUCGCGUUUGGAUGGCUGAAGAGUUUGUUUUCUAUAGUUGAAGUGUGAUUGUACUCUGGAUGAUGAGGAUAUGGACUCUGUAUAGUAUAUUGAUUUCCUCUGUGUGGACCUGACCAAGCCAAGAAUCUUUCUGAUUGGCUCCAACUUUAGGCACGUGUCUCGAGUUGCAAGUUAGAUAGAUGGAGGACGAUGGAGAAAUGGGGAUGUUCUCCAAGAAUCCAGUUGAAAUGGUGGAGUCCCGCGGUGUAAUGUUCUCUUGCUUUGUUGCUGCUCUUGUUGGUAUUUUGACUAUAGCCUACACUGCUUUCCAGUGGAGAAGGAAUAUCAACUUGAGUUGGACAAAAGCCAUAGCCAGGUCGAAGAAGAAUCCAAAGGCGCGGCAUAAGACUCCCGUUGCUCCGCACAGCUGGGAGCUUCACUCUAUAUCUCGCGCCAAGAACUUGAACUGCUGUGUAUGCUUGAAGUCGAUGUCGCCGUCGCAGACGAUUGUAGCUUCUGAAACUUUUGUCCACAGGUGUACUAUCUGUGGUGCAGCAGCGCAUUUUAGUUGUUCGUCAAGUGCUCCUAAAGAUUGCAAAUGCGUCUCCAUGGUUGGGUAUGAGCAUGUGGUGCACCAGUGGGCGGUGCGGUGGACGGAAGGUGCUGAUCAGACUGAUGAUUCUUCGUUUUGUAGCUACUGUGACGAGUCGUGUAGUAGCUCCUUUCUUGGGGGUUCGCCUAUAUGGUGCUGCUUGUGGUGUCAGCGUCUUGUCCAUGUUGACUGUCACAGUAAUAUGUCGAGUGAGACAGGGGACGUUUGUGAUCUAGGCCCUCUUAGAAGGUUAAUUUUGUGCCCUCUUUAUGUCAAGGAAUUGGCUCGGAAUCCAUCUGGAGGGUUUUUGAGCACGAUCACGCAUGGCGCAAAUGAACUUGCGUCUACCGUCCGUGCCAGUAUCAGGAGUCAAAGUAAAAGAUACAAGCAAGGAAAUGAAACUUCAGUGGAUUCGGGUAAUAGUGGUAGCAAUUGUGAUGAAUCGACGGAAAGCACAGCUGAUACUGGUCCGGCUGUUAAUGGCACCCAUGCCGUGUUGGAAAAUUCAGGGAGCGUUAUGAAUGGAGGUUCCUCUCACGGGGACAGUGAUAGCAAUGGCAAGCUGGAGAAGAAGCCCAGUGUUAAAAGAAGCGGGUCUUUUGGCCAGAAAGAUGAACAUCAGGCACUAAGGUCGAAACUUAAGUAUGAGCUAGCUGAUUUGCCUUCUGAUGCAAGACCGUUGUUGGUUUUCAUUAACAAAAAGAGUGGUGCUCAACGAGGUGAUUCCCUUCGUCAGCGCCUUAAUCUUCUUCUAAAUCCUGUGCAGGUCUGUGAAUUGAGUUCAGCGCAGGGACCAGAAGUGGGACUGUUCCUCUUCAGGAAGGUUCCUCACUUUAGAGUUCUUGUCUGUGGUGGAGAUGGCACUGCUGGUUGGGUAUUAGAUGCCAUAGAUAAACAGAAUUUUGUCUCUCCUCCUGCGGUGGCUAUCCUGCCUGCUGGAACUGGGAAUGAUCUAGCCCGGGUAUUGAACUGGGGUGGUGGUUUGGGUUCUGUCGAGAGACAAGGAGGCUUAUCUACAGUAUUACAGAACAUUGAACAUGCAGCAGUCACUGUCCUUGAUCGUUGGAAAGUAUCGAUUCUGAAUCAGCAAGGAAAGCAGCUCCAGCCACCAAAAUAUAUGAACAAUUAUAUAGGUGUUGGGUGUGAUGCGAAGGUUGCCCUUGAUAUUCACAAUCUACGGGAGGAGAAUCCAGAGAGAUUUUAUAGCCAGUUUAUGAACAAAGUUCUAUAUGCUAGAGAAGGUGCAAGGAGUAUAAUGGACAGAACGUUCGAAGAUUUCCCAUGGCAAGUUCGUGUUGAGGUGGAUGGUGUUGAAAUCGAGGUUCCUGAGGAUGCUGAAGGAGUGCUUGUUGCAAACAUCGGAAGUUACAUGGGAGGUGUGGAUUUGUGGCAGAAUGAAGAUGAAACAUAUGAAAACUUCGAUCCUCAAUCCAUGCACGACAAGAUAGUAGAAGUCGUGAGUAUAUCUGGAACAUGGCACCUUGGCAAACUUCAGGUUGGGUUAUCCCGUGCCAGAAGGUUAGCUCAAGGGCAAUCAGUCAAGAUACAACUCUGUGCACCGUUGCCUGUGCAAAUCGAUGGAGAACCUUGGUUUCAACAACCUUGUACCUUAACCAUAUCGCACCAUGGCCAGGCUUUCAUGCUGAAGAGAGCGGCAGAGGAGCCACUGGGUCACGCAGCGGCUAUAAUCACAGAUGUUCUAGAAAAUGCAGAAACCAAUGAAGUGAUCAACGCUUCACAGAAACGAGCUCUGCUUCAAGAAAUGGCUCUACGGCUAACUUGAAAAAGAAACCUUCCCUCUUCAACAACCAAUCAACCAUCAUUGGCUAGUCACUGUCUUAUAGAAGUUUUAAAGUGUGUAUUUAUAAUGAAAAAGCGGGUUAUGUGUGGAAUUAGGAAAAAAAGAAAAAGAAAAUGGAACCUGGUUCCAAGAAUUUUGGCUGUUCUCAACGUGUUGUGCCAUAAAGUCGUGUGUGGAACUGAUACAAAGCUUGUUAAAUUAUCUAUCAUCUUUUUUUCCCAGAA